AUGGAGACAGCAACAAGCAGACCCAAAGCACCAGCAGGCAAGACCCAGCUCAUCGUCGGCGCACAGCAGCUGGGAUCAAGUGUGCUUCACCUCACACUCAACAACGGCAACCACGUCAUCCUAAAGGCCUCUGGCACAGUUGUUCAAAUUAUGCCACAUGUCGGCAGCACAACGUUCUCCACCUGUGGACCUCACGCCAUUCAACCGCUGCUGGAUUGCGGGACGUCCAUUGGCCGCAUGAACGCCGUCAACAUCGGCGUCUCCGUCGCCUUUGAUGUCUUCGUCAACAACUGGGACCGCUGGCCAAUGCUUUUCAAGAACGACGGCAACGGAUACAACAUUGUCAUUGCAGCCCACAGCGGCUCUCAGCCUACACCAAGCCGUGACGAUGUCAACAGGCGUGCUGCAUCUUCACCACUGCCACCACACCGCUCUGCUCCGCUGUUGGUGUACAUUGACCAGGCGUGCACAUGCGUGGCGCCCAAGUUUGAGUCGCAGCUUGCAAAGCUGACAGCUUCGAUUGAGCGUGCCGUGCACGAGAGCAUUGCGUUUCUUGACGGCGUCGCAUGUGGCGGUAGCAGUGCUCGCAUCGACGUGCAUGGGCCUGUCGACGGUGGCGUGCGCGGAUGGCUGCUGGACCUGAAAGAGUUCUGCCUACACCAAACGGGACACGCCGUUGACACGCACACCCUGAAGCACUGCGCUCUUGGGUUGCUGCUCGGUGUGCAGCGGUUGAGUGCAUUGAACGUCCCCACGUGGCUCCCGGCAUUCAAAGCCGAUCUGCAACAGCUGAUCACUCGCGAUUGGGAGGGCGUGUGGCGCGAUGGUGUGGCAAAGCUGCAGCACCAUCACUUCACCGUUGUGCACGACUGCUUUCAGCGCCUUGCUUCUGGACCCAUCCGCGCCUUCCUCGCUGCAACAACACCCCAUACACACACGUCACCGGUGCCAUCAAUAGUUUCGCCACCUCAAUCGUCGUCACGCACACGACAGCCCUCCACACGUGGUGCUGGCAGCACCGCGGAGCACACGCUAAGCUCUAUUUCUGCCACGACUGCGGGGUUCGCUGUGGUCCAGGCGCCAACGAUUGACGCCCUGACGCUGUUUGACGCAUGUUUGCGCCGCCUGUUCACGGCAAUCGGUGGCAGACAACCGCAACAGCACAUGCAUGGGCACGCCGGCGACGACAUUCACGUGCCGAUGGACGCAAAGCUGCUCGUGUUCCCCGAGUUUGCGCUGCCAACGCCCUUUCGCGUGUUCGACAUGGUUCAAGUGAUGGGUCACAUGGUAGCAGGCGAUGUCCACCCGUGGAACGGCGAUGGUGUGCGCGUACCAGAUGGCACGGGACAUAACUUGAGCGCCCCAAAAACAGCACACCAACAUCAUCACCAACAGCAACAGCAGAAGCGACCGCAAGAACAUCAACAACAGUGGCAGCAACACCACCAUCAAGAACAGCAGCGUGAGCAAGACUCUGUUCUGCCGGUUGCGAUGCGAGUGCGCUCAGCGUCGGUCCUCAGCAGCGUGCACGUGGAUGUGGACACGGAGACGGGAUUGCCGCUGACGCGAAUGGACGAUCGCCACAACCUCUCGCACUUCCAGCGCAUCUCGGCACUCUUUGACAUCACGCUCGUCGCCGGCUCGGGGACGGAGGUGGCUGGCAGCGGCAGCAACACGCAGCGCUUCAACACGGCGCUGGUAUUUGACGGCGGUGCUGUUGUUGGCGCAUACCGGAAGCGCAACAUCAACGACAAGGCAUCUGGGUUCACGGCAGGAACAACGCCUGGUGUGGUGGACACAUGUUGCGGUCGUGUCGGUCUUCUCAUAUGCAAGGAUGCGGAGGUGCACGACUUUGUGCAGGAGACGCUGCGCUUCUGCCCGUCUGUCAUUGCCAACCCCGUGUUCAUACCUGCGCCGCGCGCUAAGCACGCGUUCCCACGUGCAAAGCACCUGGCGUGGGCAAACGCACAGGCGGCAGUGGCGCGGCAGUGGGAGGUUGUUGCCGCAGAGCACAAUCUGCUCUACAUGCGCGCAGACAACCCAGAUGCAGGCACGGCGCUGGAAUCCAUUGGCGCGUAUGGCACAUCGCUGCUUGUUGGCCCGCUCCUCACUCGCGCCAGCCGCACGUGGCAGCCGCACACGCUCACGUGCACGUGGCCGUGUCCACCCCAAACAACAGACGAGACAGCCAGCACGCUGGCACCAGCAACAACAACAUCGACAUCGACAGCGACAACAACAGCGCAGCCAGCACAAGUCACAACACCACGAACACGAGCAGUAACAGCUGCAGUGCAACCAGCAGCAACAUUGGCACCUCUACUCACAUCGUGCCAGCUCAGAGCUGCCGAUCAUCGCCCGCUGCGUACAGACAUGCGCGACAACACAGGCAUACGGCUUGUGGACGAGCCUGUGCUUCUGUUUGGACAAGCAGUGACGACAGCACCUGAGCUGGCUCGGGCAACCAUCGCCGCCAUCGCCACCACAGAGCUGUUCUGUCUGUGCAGGGACAGCAGUGGUUUGUAUUGGCUCGCGCGCAUGCUGGAGCCGCGUCUGAACUUCAUCCGUGUGGACACAGACGGGAAGGACAUACAAGCGCUGGUUGAUGUUGAUGGCGCGAGUGGCUGUGCUGGUGUUGGUGGUGCCCAUGUCACCGAGCCCAGUGUUGGUGGACACGCGUCUCACGCACAGGAACAACAACAGCAGCAACAGCAGCAACAGCAGCAGCCACGCCGGCGACCACAGGCGCGACCGCCGCCCUGUCCGCAUGUACUGCUGAGCACCGGUGAGAUUGCACAACUCGUCAUGGGGACGGCGAUAACAACGCAGACGAUGACGAUGACGGAUGGAUGUGCACACCAGCAACCAUGCGCGGUGUGGCAGCUCAGGGAUGGUGAUGGUGGCACUCACGGUGGUGUUGGUGGUGUGUUGCGUCCGCUUCGCGCCACAGCGUUAUCGCCCGAUGAUGCGACAUGCAUUCGCGGUGAUGGCGCAAAGAAGACGACAGCUAAUGGUCAUGAUGAUGAUGGUGACUACGAUGCUUAUGAUAAAGGUGAUGAUGAGGUGAGGGUGGUGCGCGUUGGCCCCGUGCUUGCACUGCAGCUUGGACGCGGACGCGGGGAUGGGCUUGUGCCGCUGUUCUCAAGCGAAAAGCACGCUCACUGCACGUGUCUCGUGGACAGGCGUGUUGUGGUGUUGACGUGGGCGGACGACGGAUCCACCGUCCUGCGGCUCAUGCACAACCGUCGAUCGCUCGCAUUCAACGAUGUCGUCAUCACGGUCAAGUAG